AUGGAAGAAUCCACGCAUCCCUACAUUCCCAGAGAUCUGAAACUGCCCGGAUAUGUUCCUGUCUCCAUGUCCAUGUCCUCCAUUCUCACCAUCUACCUCAGUGCUUCCCUCUUCGUCGUCUCCGUCGUCUGGUUUCUCUUCGGGAGGAAGAACACGAAGCUUGACAAGUUGCUAAUGUGUUGGUGGGCUUUCACUGGUCUCACUCACAUGAUUCUUGAAGGCUAUUUCGUUUUCUCCCCUGAGUUUUACAAGAACAACACUUCUUGUUAUCUCGCUGAAGUCUGGAAAGAAUAUAGCAAAGGCGAUUCGAGAUACGCGGGAAGAGAUUCUGCGGUUAUAGCUGUUGAAGGGAUCACUGCUGUUAUUGAAGGCCCUGCUUCUCUUCUUGCUGUAUAUGCUAUUGCUAAGGGGAAGUCGUAUAGCUACGUGCUCCAGCUCGCGAUUUCGCUUGGCCAGCUCUAUGGAUGUUUGGUUUAUUUCAUUACUGCUUUCUUGGAAGGAGACAACUUUGCCACAAACGCUUUCUACUAUUACUCGUAUUACAUCGGGGCUAACGGAUGGUGGGUCUUGAUACCUUUACUUAUUUCUUUCCGGUGCUGGAAAAAGAUUUGUGCAGCUGCAAACAACGUUGAGACAAAGCCGACCAAGAAGAAAAUCCGCUGA